CGAUGCAACUUCUCCUCACUGCUGAGGGCGCGGCACUCCCACACGUUCGGUAUCAGUACUCCGCAGAUCCCCAAAUUGAGACGAAUAAAGAAUAGGUGCUGUUGAGCAUCGCGACAUCCGCCCGUGUUUAAUUUCAGGAGCUGUCAUCUAUAGUGCGAAAACGAGUCGCAAGAGACAUGUACCUAGACUAGGACAAUAAUAUAAUGCCUACCUUAUGAAUAACAAUGACCAUCCCUCAGCCUAGGAUCUCAAACACUCGCCGACACGCAGCCGUGUCGCUGCUCGCCUGCUCAACCACCAUACUACUACUCCUUCUAUGGGACCGCCGAAUCCUGCCAAGCCCUGACCGGGGAACCCCACUAUCCUUUACUCCACCACUCUCCUCCUCCGGGGUACCAGCCGCAGCGGAACCACUACACUACCAACAACAACAAGAGCAACAACAACUCCUACACCAGCCCACCAGCCCCAACUCCAUCGACCUCUCCACCCCCCACGCCCCCUUCAUCCCACACCCCCUCUCCCACCUCUGCGCCGAACUCACCUCCCCCCUCCCCCACCUAACCUUCCUCUGCGACAACAACAGCGGCGGCCCCGGCAACAUCCGGAACUACAUCCUCACCUGCAUCCGAUACGCCCUCGCCUCCGGCGCCCGCUCCCUCGUCGUCCCCCGAAUCCGCACUCGCUCCCCAUCCGACCCCGCGAACCUGUUCGCCGAGCACCAGGGCCUGGACUACAUGUUCGACGCGGCGCACUUUCGCGAGGCGCUGGGGACGGCGUGUCCGGGGAUGCGGGUGUAUGCAAGGGUGGAGGAUGUGCCGGGGGUGGUUUCGCGGGCGCGGGAGCGCAGCGGCGGCAGCAUCGAGCGCACAAUCGAGCGCAUAACCCCGAAGCACUUCGGCGGCAGCCGCACCGGCUGCGACGCGCGGGACCCGAACCGCCAUACCGACCGCUUCGGCGCCGCCUUCCGGUCGUGGCUGCACGCAUCCGCCGCGGAGCGGGGGUGGGCCGACAACACCCCGCGGCUGAUCCGGCUGAGCUGGGGCGUGCUCUGGGACUGGCCCGUGUACCGCGACGGUCCCGAGCUCGCAGCCACGUUCGGGGGGCUCCUGAAAAUCCGGCCGGACAUCCUCGAGCUAGCUGACGCCGUAGUGGCGUCGAUGCGGAACCUCGCGGCCUCGACGCCAGCGAACGAGGCAGUCGCGGGCCAGGCCUUCCUCGGCGUGCACCUGCGCACGGAGGCAGACGCGCUGUCGGCGUGGCCGUCCUACGAGAACCAAACCAAAGCAUACCUGCGCGAGGCCGCGAGCCAAGGGUACGAGGGGCGGGUAGCGUACCUAGCAUCCGGGUCCUCGGCAGAAACGGAGAGGUUCCAGAAAGAUGCGAUGGCGGCGCUGCAGCUGGACGUGCGGUCGAAGCACGGGCUGCUGGCGGGGGACGCGGAGAGGCUAGGAAGGCUGGAGGCGCUGAGUUGGGACCAGCAGGCGCUUGUGGAUUUCGCGGUGCUGCUUAGCUGCGACUACUUUGUGGGCGUGAGCCCGAGUAGCUUUAGCAUCAAUGUGGCGCUGAAGCGGCACUUGAGGCAGGAGGGCCUGUAUACGCGUCCAUGGAAGGUGGGCGGGAGGGGUGAUGGGAGGAGCUGGCUUGUGGGCCGUUAUGACCGGUAUUGGGAUGAUUGGCUCUUUAUGUUUGACGGAAUGUGGGCAUAGGCUCAAGAAUAGUAAAGUAAUGACUACUUAGUACCUACCUAAUCAAAUCUAUACAUAUACCGAUGCACCUACCUAUGCCUAGGUAAUAUACUUCAU